CAAGGAAGCGAGUCUACUGAGAUUUCUCUGCUGCCUUUUCUAGCAAUUCAGGAGCACUGUGUAUACACAGCUAUAUUGUAUCUGGAUAAUUUAAAGGUUAUUGUAACAGAAUGGGAACAGCUCUGCACACCUGAGAGGCCAUCUGCUGUGAAACGACACUGGCUGAAUUUAGAGGGCAAGCACUGUGCCACUUGGAACAUGCUACCCCCUGUGUCUUGCCCUUCUUGGGUACACACAUUGCUUGUGUGUGUCAUUACGUGCUGGGUAGCCUUGCCUCAUGCUAAUGCAAGUUUAUCUGCCAGUAACACUAAUGUCAACUUAAACUCAACACCCAAGUAUGAAGUUACCCAUAAAGAAUCCAGGCUGCCAGUCUUCACUUUGGAUUACCCUCAUGUACAGAUCCCAUUUGAAAUAACACUAUGGAUCCUCUUGGCUUCCCUAGCCAAGAUUGGUUUUCAUUUGUACCACAGAUUGCCCACCAUUGUUCCGGAAAGCUGUCUCCUCAUCUUUGUUGGCUUGCUACUUGGAGGAAUUAUGUUCGGAGUAAGUGAAAAGUCCCCACCUGCCAUGAAGACAGACGUGUUUUUUUUGUAUCUUCUUCCUCCAAUUGUGCUGGACGCUGGUUACUUUCUACCCACUAGGCCAUUCUUCGACAAUGUGGGCACCAUAUUCUGGUACGCCGUGGUAGGAACUCUGUGGAAUGCCAUUGGGAUCGCAAUAUCCCUGUUUGCCAUAUGUCAGAUUGAAGUGUUCGGCCUGUCGGACAUUACAUUGCUACAGUGCCUGCUUUUUGGCAGCUUGAUUUCAGCUGUGGACCCAGUGGCUGUCUUGGCUGUUUUUGAAAAUAUCCAUGUUAAUGAACAGCUUUAUAUUUUAGUUUUUGGGGAAUCUUUAUUAAAUGAUGCUGUUACAGUGGUUCUCUAUAAUUUGUUCAAAUCAUUCUGUGAAAUGAAAACUAUUGAGACCACUGAUAUUCUAUCAGGAGUUGCUAACUUUUUUCUGGUGGGAAUAGGAGGCGUUUUAAUUGGAAUCGUUUUUGGAUUUGUAGCAGCAUUCACCACUCGCUUCACCCGCAACAUCCGAGUCAUUGAGCCUCUUUUUGUUUUUCUGUACAGCUACUUAUCGUAUUUAACAGCUGAAAUGUUCCACCUUUCUGGCAUCAUGGCAAUAACAACCUGUGCAAUGUCCAUGAAUAAAUAUGUAGAAGAGAAUGUGUCUCAGAAGUCCUAUACUACAAUCAAGUAUUUCAUGAAAAUGCUUAGCAGUGUUAGUGAGACUCUGAUUUUUAUCUUUAUGGGCGUUUCCACAGUUGGGGACAAUCAUGAGUGGAAUUGGGCAUUUGUCUGCUUUACAUUGUUCUUCUGCUUGGCUUGGCGUGCAGCAGGUGUAUUUACCCUGACACAAAUAAUUAAUUGUUUCCGUACAAUCCCUUUGACAUCAAAAGAUCAGUUUAUAAUUGCUUACGGAGGACUUCGAGGAGCAAUAUGUUUUUCCCUCGUAUUUCUUCUUCCCGAUUCGGUAUUUCCAAGGAAGAAACUUUUCAUCACCGCUGUCAUUGUAGUGAUCUUCUUCACAGUUUUUAUUCAGGGAACUACAAUCCGUCCUUUAGUGGAGUUUUUGAAUGUGAAGAAAGCAGACAAGAAACAGCAGAAUAUCAGUGAAGAACUUCAUAGACGGUUCUUGGAUCAUGUGAAGGCUGGCAUUGAAGAUGUGUGUGGGCAUUGGGGACACAACUACUGCAAAGACAAGUUUAAAAGGUUUGAUGAAAAGUACUUGCGAAAACUUUUGAUUCGGGAAAAUGAACCAACAUCAAGCAUUGUUUCUUUGUAUAAAAAGCUGGAAAUAAAACAAGCUAUUGAAAUGGCAGAAACGGGCAUAAGUAGAGAUCCAUCACAAUCGUCCCUGUUAAUGUAUGAGAAGCAGAAAGUGAAACCACUCUUGCCCAAUGAGGUAAAUGAAAUGCGGGAUAUGUUAACAAAGAACCUAUACCAAAUUCGCCAACGGACACUGUCCUAUAACAGGCACAAUCUAGCAGGAGGAACAAAUGAAAAACAAGCCAAAGAAAUUCUUAUUCGCCGCCGACAUAGCAUGAGAGACAGUAUUAAGAAAAAUGGCAGUCUUAUAUCAAGGAGCAGACCGGCUACCCACAAUCCACGAUAUUUGUCACUACCUGGGCACACGAAGCUCUCAGAAAGAACAAAUGUAAGAAAGACAACAUCUUUCACAAUCGGAGACCCUGAUUCUGACCAAGCAGACUCUAGCCUAGAGCUAAGCUUCCAACCCAGCGCUGGAGCUAUUCUUCGAGAACAGACUCAAAAGCGGAAGCCUUACAGCAAAUUUGAGUGGAAAGAUGAGAGCUUUGAUGGUAGUGUAGCAGAAUCAGGUUCUCAGAAGAGAAAUCAGGUGCCCCAAGGUUUUCGAGACCCUCUACUACCCAAGGCAAGGUUUGGAACAUUAAGGGAGGACAUGGACCAAGACAAAGAUGACCUAAGACCAGUUCCACCACCUCGAGUUAGACGUACCUCUGAUGCUGAAAAACAGAGAAAAAAAUAUGGAAAUACAAAACCGUAUCCAAGGCCGCCAAAUUAUUGAUGUUGUAUACCCACGUGCAGAGUUUUAUUAAAUAGAUAUAUUUAUUAAUUGCAGAUAUCUUUGUAAUAAAAAAAAUAAUUAGUGAAAAUUUUAGGCAUAUCCAAUUCCCAGAUUUUCUUUUUAGUUACUUGGUUUACAGCUGAUCAGUUUGCAAACACAUUUUAAAGGGAAACAGUCGCUACUCUUUGUAAUAUUAUGUUUCCUUAUGUUCUAUAAAUUAGUUUGUGAAGUCUGGAAAAUAAAAUGAAAUGUGGAAAUCAACACUGCUGUAUUAACUGGGUGCCUCCAUCUUGGCCUCUGUACAUCAUUGUUAUAAAUGUUAUCCUUUUCUGCCAUUGAAUAUACUUAAAGGAACUAGAGGCAGUCAUAACGCUGCAAUGUAUACAUUGAGGUUUCUCUAAAACUACAAUGUUUUACAUUGCAGGGUUAAGGGAACAGGGACACUGCACGCAGACAUAAUAAUUAAAUACUUAUGAUGUAUUUUUUUUUAAUUACAUAUAAUUAUAAUACUAUUAUUAAAAUGUAUGCUUGCUCUGAUGUCAAUUUAAGAUUUUUACAUCUGGUCCCAUGAGAAAUCAAUUGUGUAUGUUUUCUCCACACAGAAAUAAUGAGAGAGAUAUUGACUGGCUAAUUACCAGGGCCUUUGGCACACUGAUAUGGCCCACUUAAUGUUUUAAUUAAACCCUUACCAGCAGUAAUCCUAUAGCUUUGUUCUAAGAAGAUCUUACUAAGUAGAAUAUAGUUUGAUAUAGUCUGCUUAAUCUUCUAGAGAAGAAAUGUCUUGAUGCCCCUCACAGCUGUGAGAAGCAAUUUAUUAGCACUUAAAUAUAAAUAGAAAAUGUUCUUGUUACCUUUUAUUUAUACACUGCUGACAAUUUACACCAUUUAAUACAAUACGUAACCUGUACUCCAAACACCACUUGACUCAUACAUAAAAAAAGAAUGGUGAUAUUCUAUGGCAGUGCAUUUUACAAAACAUAUGAUCCAAGUGUUCGCUAGCUAAAAGUAUUUAUAAUCAGCACUCAUUUUUAAUCUUUGCUAGUUAAUUUCUGAUAUUAAAAAGUAAUCUCAGAAUUUUCAGAAGAAAAGAAUAGAAGAAGAAAUAUUGAAGGUUAGUUACAUAAAAUAUAAUUAAUCAGUAUAGAUAUGCGUGCUAAACAAACAGUUUAAUUGUAGCGAAUCCAAAACAAAAAAUGGAAAAUUUUGCCCAAAAUAAGUGAUUUGGAAAUGUUUCCAGUUUUAUUUUGUUUAGUUAGUUUUGCCUCAAUUUUGCAAUUCAGUUUUAAGUUCACUAUUUAGUAAAUACACAUUUGAAAGGUUUUGUUCCAACUUGGCUAUUUUCUGGUAGCUUUUGCAAGUUGGAUCUCAAAUCAAGACUUGCUGUUUAUUGAAUAAUGUCUGCGAUUUACAAUUUCAAGCAUACCAGAUUGACAUCAAUCACAGUAUCCAGUAUCUGAUCUUAACGUAUAAAAAUAAAAAAAAUACUUGUGUAAAGAAAAUAACCAUGACUUUUCAGUUUAAAACAUGAUACUUUUAUGUAUUACUGUGAUAAUGUGAUAAUGGGCAUUUCAACCUAAGAAACUAUAUACAUCUAUCUGUGUUGUAAACUACAGGGUGUCCCAAAAUAGAUACACUCUUUGAAUGAUUAUAAAGUCAUUGUUCAUUUUCAAAAUUCA